UGACCGUCACUAUUUACUUCCGGUGUGAAAGGUUAAAUUUGCCCGUCGAGGUCCCAGCUCAAUUUCCUCUUCUAAGUGUAAUUUAAUUGAAAUACUGAACUUCUUACUGAGUGAGUUAUUAGUUUAAACAUGUCGUCUGAUGAAGAUAUCGGUCCUGCCCUCCCGCCCAUGUUCAGAGACGAGGAGAGCGACGAAGACUCUGACAAAGAAACAGGAAGUCUUGGUCCUGCUCUGCCUCCCGGGUAUAAACGCGGAGCUGGGUCGAGCUCGUCUGAUGAGAGCGAGCAGGAGGUGAAGCGAGCAAAGACAUCUCACACAGCUGCAGAGGGGGGGCAGAAAACAAAGUCAAAGAAACAUGAUGAUGAUGAUGGUUUCUUUGGACCGGCUCUUCCACCAGGCUUCAAGAAACAACAGAGUUCACCUGAAAGACCCCCGGUGCUGGGACCAGCUUUGCCUCCUGGAUUUCGCAGAGCAGCACAUGAGGAUGAUGAAAAUGAUGAUGAUGAUGGAGAGGAUGCCUCAGGGCCUGCAUUACCCCCAGGCUACAAGCCUGAGACCUCCAGCAGCGAAGGUGAGGAUGAUGAUGUGAUCGGACCCAUGCCAUCCAAAGGACCUGUUGAAGACUCUGUGGCGCUGGACUUUGAGCGUAGAGCAAAGCGGAUGAAGGACAAGCUGACAGGAGAUGACACUCCUGAAGUGAUCGCCAGAGAAACAUGGAUGACAGAGCUCCCACCAGAGCUGCAGCACAUCGGCUUAGGGGCUCGAACUUUCAAGAAGAGGUCGGGUCCAGAGAAGAAAGAUCGCUCUAUUUGGACAGAUACACCAGCAGACAGGGAGCGCAAGGCCAGGGAACGCCAUGAACGAAAGGAGAAGGGUGAACCAGAACCUGAUGAGGAUGCUCCACAGGUCUCCAUAAAGGAUUUGGAAAUGGCUGAGAAAGUGUCUAAAUAUAAUGACUCUAAGCGUGCUCAGUCUCUGAUGAGUUUGCACAGCAAGACGAUGAAGGAGAAAGCAAAGGAGAAGGAUGACAAACCAGUGGAGAGGAGGCCAUUCGAUCGGGACGAAGACCUGCAGGUGAAUCGCUUUGACGAAGCACAGAAGCAGCGCCUGCUGAAGAAAUCUCAGGAACUGAACACCCGGUUCUCCCACAGUAAAGAGAAAAUGUUCCUGUGAGAGACUGUCGAGAUGGAAGACUGUUACAUCUUCCUCUGGCUUGUAAUAAGUGGACUUUGUUGGAUACUCCUGUAUUACACAAAUGUUAAACUGAACGUUAUGUUGUGUGUGAGGUGAACAAACCUGGACUUAAAGACGUGACAGAAGUGUCGCUGAGUUUAGAUUUUUUCAGGAAAAACUGUAUUAUUCACAGAAAUGAUACGGUAAGAAACAUCAAAACAAAUGACAUAUAUAUUUUUCAUGUAUUGAUUGACAUUUUAGGAGUAUAUCUUUAGAGUGUUUGAAAAUCAAUUGUUGAAUUCAGCUUGGUUUAUAUGCAUCUUGUUGAACAUAAGUCACACUUUGUCAUUUUCAUGUCUUUAAUUAUAAAUCAAUCAGGGGUUAUUAAACCCUCAGUAAUGUUUAAAACAUAUAAAGUUAGCAUUAUGAUUAAUUCAAUGUAACAACCCACUUAUAGAGGUGAGAAAUGUCCAAAAGUUACAAUGAUAAUCACACAGGAAGAGGAAAGUUGGUACUGAAAUGCUGACUUGUUUUUUGCUGCAUUAAUUCCCCUCCUGUUACCUCCUGUUUUGACAAGUAUUUUGAUAGAUCUUGAUAAUUCAACCUAGUAUUAUUGUUUGUUUAGCUCCAUCACUGUUUGUUUUUUAAUCUGCUUACUAGGAUUGAAUAGAAUUGUUAAAACUUUUGUACAGAGUGCUUUAAAAUGUAUAUUUAUGCAGUAUGCACCUAUUUCAUAUUUACCAUAAACAUUUUUCAGUUUCCUUUAUGUUCAAUAAACUUUUCUCUUUUAAACCUUUA